UCCGCGCGUACGAAGCUGCGUCCGAGGCUUAACGAAGCAUCUUUCUUCUCUCUCCACGCCGUCCAUCUUUGGCUUACACAUCGCCAACUCAGGCCUCGCACGCUGCCUGCCAAGCCGCAUCAAAGAAUUACCUCGCCAUGGCCCCACCGUGCUAUGCAGACUUGGGCAAGCAGGCUCGCGACCUGUUCAACAAGAACUACCACUUUGGCGUCGUGAAGCUCGACUGCAAGUCGACCACCCAGACGGGCGUCGAGUUCAACGUGAGCGGCACCAGCCUCAAUGACACCGGCAAGGUGAACGCCUCGCUCGAGACCAAGUACAAGGUUCCCGAGUACGGGCUCACGCUCAAGGAAAAAUGGAACACCGACAACACGCUCUCGACCGAGAUCUGCAGCGAGGAGAAGCUCGCGCGCGGCCUCAAAGUCGCCUUCCACGCCAACUUCGCACCCCAGACUGGCAAGAAGUCGGGAGCCCUGAAGGCGGCCUACAAGUUCGACAACGUGCACCUGAACGGCGACGUCGACCUGGGACCUCCGGGUCCACUCGUGCACGGUGCGGCCGUGCUCCACUACCAGGGAUGGCUCGCCGGCGGGCAGGUCUCGUUCGACACGACCAAGAACCGGCUGAGCAAGACAAACUUCGCCGUGGGUUUCCAGGCCGGCGACUUCGUACUGCACACGAACGUCAACGACGGCCAGGAGUUUGCCGGGUCCGUGUUUCAGCGGGUGAACCCGCAGUUGCAGACGGGAGUCCAGCUGGCCUGGACCGCUGGCACGAACGCGACCCGAUUCGGCCUGGGUUGCGUCUACGACCUCGACAUGGAGACCUCGGUUCGCGCGAAGGUGAACAACUCUGGUCAGAUCGGGCUCGGGUUCACGCACCGCCUGAGACCGGGCAUCAGCCUGACCCUCUCCACCAUGCUGGACGGCAAGAACUUCAACCAGGGAGGACACAAGCUCGGACUCGGGCUCGACCUAUCGGCGUGAUCGCCCAAGUUGGCCGACCUCUGAUCGCCGGUGCAACCAUCUCAGCUGCUUAGGCCCAACAAGCGCACCCACGGCUCUACCGAAAACCCCUUUACUUUUUUUUUUAGUCACGGGAGAGUGAAAAAAGUCUUUGACCACGCAUCGGGACUACCAAAUAGCAAAACCUGUUUGCAUUUUGAGGACAGUUUUUAUGUUCUUUCACAGUAUUUCUUUAUAGAGCUCGUCUCUUGGCGAGCGCUCCUGAAUGUGUGCAGUAUCUUGUUCCAUUGGGCACUAUUUAAACAUGUAACUCCCUGUACUGUUGCUUUUUUUUUUUUUGUUCCGGUGUCCUGCGAGUGAAGUCUAGUUGAGUGACUGAAGAAGAUAUAGGUGUUAUCACUGUUCUUUUUUAUUACUUUAAUUUUGUCGCAUCUCCUAGGAGAAGCACUGAAAGGAGAAAAAAAAAAGGCUAAUAAAAACAUGUUGGCUGAGCUCAACAACAAAA